UUCGUUUAAUUGUUUGAUAUAGCAGAGUGCCGUACAUCUUGCGUUUAUUUUUCCUUUGAUGUCUUUAUUUUGUGUUGGCGUGGCAGUCAGAACCUUGACCUUGCACGCAGCUGCAUAAGGUGAUCUUGGUGAGGCACCGCGAGACAAGCAGGGCAAGCAGACAGGCGAACAGCAGGCACCGAGGCAGCUGACAGAAACGUUCCCUAACUUCUGCAGGGACCGCAUUCAUUCCUGCUGUAAUAUGUUCGCUGUGCGAUCCUUUGCAACCAAAGGAUUUCUGUUGAAUUCGAAAGUUGCGGGAGCCGGGUUUAUCCACACGACCACCAACAUGUCUGGAGCUAAAGUUGCUGUAGUGCUCUCCGGCUGUGGUGUCUACGACGGCACAGAAAUCCACGAGGCAUCUGCAGUGCUGGUGCACCUGAGCAGAGGUGGGGCGGAGGUGCAGAUGUUUGCCCCGGAUGUGGCCCAGAUGCACGUCAUUGACCACAGCAAAGGCCAGCCCUCAGAAGAGUCCAGGAAUGUGUUGGCAGAGUCGGCGCGUAUUGCCCGUGGUAACGUCCUGGAUGCAGCCAAACUGACAGCUGGUGACCAUGAUGCAGUCAUCUUCCCAGGAGGGUUUGGGGCAGCUAAAAACCUGUCCACAUUCGCUGUGGAUGGAAAGGACUGCAAAGUCAACGCUGAAGUGGAGCGCGUUUUAAAGGAUUUCCACAAAGCCGGAAAACCAAUUGGGUUGUGCUGCAUCUCCCCCGUGCUGGCUGCCAAGGUGCUCCCUGGCGUGGAGGUGACUGUGGGCCACGAGGAGGAGGAGGGGGGCAAGUGGCCCUACGCAGGCACCGCCGGGGCCAUCAAAGCCCUGGGGGCCACGCACUGCAUCAAGGAUGUCACUGAGUCCCACGUGGAUGUGAAGAACAAGGUGGUGACCUCACCGGCCUUCAUGUGCGAGACCAAGGUGCACCUGAUCUUCGACGGGAUCGGUGCCAUGGUGAAGGACGUCCUGAAGCUCACCGGGAAGUAACCUGCACCACAAGCACAAACCACCGGUCUCCCAGACAAGACCACACAGUAUCCAUAGCAAUAUCAACAUGCCAGUCCUUCUUGGUCAUAGAGUGUUAAAAAUGAUGUAAGUGCUCAAUCGUACACUAGGUGACUGACGUUGACGCCCCUUGCCUGCAGAUGCUUACGAAGAAAAACAUGAAGAGACAUCUGAAAUCAGUAUUUUGCCAUCAUCCCUAGUGACUUAUUAUUAUGACUCACUUUAUGGAAUCAGACUUAUUUUUUCAUUAAAACGUGUGAAUAAU